AUGACUUGGAAAAUAAGAUAUGUGUGCUUAACAGCUGAUUGUUGGAGUAUAUUUCACAGAUCGUACAUAGGUUUCACUGUACAUUGA